AUGGCCGCAACCGAGCACAAACACGAACACAUCCCUGUUGUCGCAGGAGGUGAUCUGCCCGAGAAAGAACGACUCGCAUUCGAAGAAGGCCACGAUGCCGACAUCCCAUCCAACGCCGGCGUCGUACAGCCCAACCAGGACUCUUUGAACCGAGAAACGACCUCCGACCCAGAGAAAAGAGACAAGCAUGAUGAAUCGUCGAAUAACUCUGACAACGGAGAACAACGGGACGUUGAGAAAGGUCAUCCGACGCAGCCAACAGCAGAAGAGGUCAAAGAGGAACCAGUGGAUCCAAACAUUGUUGAUUGGGAGGGCCCUGAUGAUCCAGCAAACCCGUUAAAUUGGUCGGCUGGCAAGAAAUGGAGUAACAUCGGCAUAUUGUCGUUUUUGACAUUGUUGACACCUUUGGCGUCGUCGAUGUUUGCGCCUGGUGUGCCGGACGUCAUCAGGGAGUUUGAGACUACGAACUCGUCCCUCGCAACAUUCGUCGUUUCAGUCUACAUCCUCGGCUUCGCAAUGGGCCCCCUGGUGAUCGCUCCCCUCAGCGAAAUGUUCGGCCGCGUCGCAAUCUACAACCUCUGCAACGUCGCCUUUGUGCUGUUCACAGUCGCCUGCGCCCUUGCGCCUGGCAUGGGAUCUUUGAUAGCGUUCAGAUUUCUUGCUGGCUGUUUUGGAAUUGCACCGAUUACCAAUGGAGGAGGUACAAUCGCGGAUUUGAUGAAGCCCGAGCAACGUGGUAGUGCCAUGUCCAUCUGGGCUAUUGGGCCUCUUUUAGGGCCUGUGAUAGGACCUGUAUGCGGUGGGUUUCUGGCUGAGGCGAAGGGCUGGCGAUGGAUCUUCUGGGUGCUAUCGAUCGCUUCUGGCUUUGCAGCAAUCUGGACUCUCGUAUUCGCCAGGGAGACCUACGCCCCCAUCCUUCUCGAACGCAAGGCCAAGCGCCUACGGAAGGAGACCGGCAAUCCCAACCUACGCUCGAAACUCGAUCUUGGAAUCACCACCGUUGAGCUUUGGAGGCGAUCUUUGCUCCGCCCGAUGAAGCUCAUGUUCCUCUCGCUCAUUUGCGCGAUGAUGAGCUUGUACCUCGCCAUUGUCUACGGGAUAAUGUACCUCCUCUUCACCACCUUCACCUUCGUCUUCGAAGAAAACUACGGCUUCUCCCAAUCCAUCGUUGGCCUCGUCUACAUCGGUCUCGGCGUCGGCAUGCUCCUCGGCCUCGCCAUCCUAGGCUCAACCUCCGACCCUAUCAUGAAGAAACUCGCCGCCAAGCACAGCGAGGGCAAGCUGAAGCCCGAAUACCGUCUGCCUCUCCUCAUCUACGCAGGACCUUUCAUCCCCGUCGGCCUCUUCAUCUACGGCUGGACGGCGCAGUAUCAGACUCAAUGGGCUGUGCCGCUCUUCGGCACACUGUUGGUUGGUGUUGGCUUGCUCGCGUCUUUCAUGUGCAUAAACACUUAUCUUGUCGAUGCGUUUGAGCGCUACGCGGCUUCGGCCAUGGCUGCGAAUACGAUUCUGAGGUCGAUCCUGGGAGCAGUGUUUCCGCUGUUUGGGCUGCAGAUGUAUGAUGGGCUGGGAUUGGGCUGGGGCAAUUCGCUAUUGGCGUUCAUCAGUCUUGCGCUGUGUCCUAUACCGCUGCUGUUCUAUCGGUAUGGGGAGAGGAUUCGGACGCAUCCAAGGUUUCAAGUCAAGCUUUAG